GCGGCUUCAGUCCAGUCCACAAAAUAUCUUCGGGCGAUACAAACGUGUCUAAUUUCGCUCAUACGUAUACAAUUGCGUGUAUUAAUUCCGAUAUAAAUGAGUUUUAAUUAUAAAUUAUGCUAGUGUGAUUGUGCGAAUAUGUUUCUACCUGUUGUGUAGCGGUGGUUGAUCUACUAUGAAGUACGGUCACUGCAGUUUUGACACAACUGGCGAAGAAUAAUGUUACUUUGUAUUAUUAUUAACGAGAUCUUGACAGGCAAUUACAAGAGUGUAGGAGCCAGGGGAUGCCACCCAAGAAUCGAACGGAGCUUGUAGGAGCAUUCAGUAGCAUCGUGCGACCGCUGCUGUGACUAACGAGGUUUCGAGCACAAGGCACGGGAGGCGGAUUAGGCGUGGGGCGCGUCGUGUGGAGGCGGCGCGCGCGCGGGCGGCGCGAUGACGCGGCGCGUGCCACCAUGACGCUGCCGCCGCCCGCGCGCCCCGCGCAACUUCCCGCCGCGCACCGCGCGAUGCGCUACUACCGCAUUUGGAUCUACGCUUGCAACGGGGCACUGCUGCUGGGAGCCCUCGCCUUCUGUGCUGCAGCCGGUCGUGCGCUAGCCGACUACCGCCGUGGGCUGGUCCCGGGCCUCGGCGCUGCGCAACCGGGUUUCCUCUACGGCUACGCAGCGCUCCCUGUUCAAGCCGGCUUGCUCCAGCUGCUCGGCUGCCUAGCGGCUCUACGCCUCUCGGAACGCAUGCUGAACGCCUACUGGCUCGCACUGCUGGCUCUGCUGGUAGGCGACGCUGCUAUCGGGGUUUACUGGGUUUUCCGUUUUGAGCGCGUCUGCCGAGAGCUACGACCGCAGCUGCGAAUCAGGCUCGCGAAGGACUACGACAACGACGUGGAUUUCUCAGAAGCUUGGGAUCGCCUGCAGCGAGAGCAAAGUUGCUGCGGCGUCACGGGGCCCUCAGAUUUUGCAACGUUCAAUCGAACCAUUUUGCCACCCAGCUGCUGUCGAAUACCAGCACAUACGCCGGCAGUCACACCGGUUACAUUUUCCACGCCAGCUACUUCACCAGUCUCCUUUACCCCAGUUCAUUGUAUACCGCAUACCGCCGCUUGCGCCGAAAGGUUACUCAAUUGGCUCAGGAAAACAGCUGACGCGCUUUUCGUUUUGGGCUAUUGUGUUAUUGCAUUCUUAAAAUUUUGUUUCUUGGGAAUUCUUAGAUGCGAAAUUAAAGAAAUGAUUCAGAAAAUUAGGAUACUUCGCACCGAAAUGGGUGCCGACGAGCUUUUAGACGGUAGCCCAUUACACGGGGGACCUUUGUCUCAAACCAUAGUUGUGAAUGCUGUAAACGCCAACGGAGGGGUUCGUACUCACGGUGGAAGUCCAGAGAGAGCAAGUGAACGUGAGGCAUUGCUAGGCAGGGCUUCGGAACCGUGUUCGAGACGCAGCAUACAUGAGGAAUCCUUAGCACCGAAAACCGUGAACGGCAACAACAACUGCGAGAUGCGUGAGCUGGCGCGUGGCGAUUACAGGCCCUUGGCGGCGGACAGUGCGGCGACCAGAAUCUGACUAAGAUGUUACCUGGAGCGGUUGUUUGGGCGGCGGUGGCGGUCGUUCCCCGCUGCAGGCUUCGAGAUGGACAUGCCCCGGGCGCGCAGCGUUCCCACGUGCGCACACCGCUCAGCCGCGAGAGUAUGUCUCGACCACCGUCGUCACACACGCUCCGAGUUUGAACUAUAAAUGGUGCCACUAGUUUCAAUAGUUCCACUGCUGUUUAGUGUGGUUAUGUGUUAUCUAGAAUACAGACUACAUGAUGUUUUGAUGUUGUAGUAUCAUUAGAAACAUCAUAGACAGAUUUAGGUGUUUCGAAGUGAACGUUUUUUUCCACGAGCAAAGCUUGUGUUUAGUUCCUAUGCAUGGCAGUUCCAGUUGGAUUAAAUAUUCAAUGUAAAGUACUUUUUAAUUCAUUGAGCGGUUAGACUCAUGCGAUUUUAACUAGCGGUUAAAUUGUAAAUUUUUUAUUAGAAUUUAACAUUUCAGUAAUUUUACGUAUUUCGUCUUUAACAUUCCAAUUAAAUUUUUAAAAUUUCGAUGUAUUAGAUGUUAUAUUGACUGUAUCCUUCUAUAUGUGUCGUUAACAUAAAAUCCUCGUCUCAAUGAUAUUAAAAAGUUUCUUACUGUAUUCACUGAAUAGAUUUAUUUACGCGAAAUACAGAGCCUAACAUUUCCAUAGACGCCCAAGCGACAUUGACGUGAAGUGAGUCACUGGAGAUUUCGUCAAACUUCACUCUAAAAGUGGAACU